AUGGUCCUGUUCAAGGGCAACUCUACAAAUAAAGACAACUCGAGCAGCAACGAAGUUGUUCCCUUUCACGAAACUCAGGGAAAUGAGCACGCCCAGCUUUUAGAAGAAGCUAAACUUAAGGACAAACUACUCUUGGCAAGAGUAGCAUUACAAAAGGCCGAGAAAGCUUACACAAAUCAUCGACGCUGCUAUAAGGAUGAAUUCAGCAAAUUCGCUCGAAGGCAUGCCACUCUACCAGCGGCAGAGCUGGCCCCUAUGUUUGGUCCACUCUGGGUACAACAAGGUCAAAAGCUAACAUGCGAAUUACGCGACGCUGAAAAAGCGUUCGAGGAGGCAGAAGAGCAUGUACUAAAUGCGAGUCUUUUCACGACUUCUGAAUCUCUUGUCGACCCAGCCGCGAAUCUGUAUCUAUCUGAGGGUGAUCUCGAGGCGCUUAAUGCCAACCAUGACAAUAACCAUAUUAUGAAGUGGCUCUCCAUAAAAGAUGGUAUGGUCACUCCACCAUCUUGCCACACUACAACGACAUUUGACGAUGAAAGCCCUACCAACGACGGGGUCGAUGCAAAGUGUGCAAUCAGCCGAAAAGACAGGAUCGAAAGCGCAAUAGAUCAGCGAUUGUUAGCAUCUUCGCAUGAGGCAACGUUUGACAUGAGCGCCAAUACUUUGCACUCUGAAUCGCAAGGCGAGGAAAUAGCGAAUGAUAUACUCGGACGUAAUUCCGUCGCAAAAGAUGCCCUCGGGGAAAAAGCCGACUGCAACAAGCGUAAAGUGAACGACCAAUGCAACACAUCUUCCAAUGGAGAGUCCGACACAAACAAUAUGGCUUCCUCAUGGUCCAGAAAACGCAAAUUCUGGGAUAACGUACAGAUAUACAAUAGUCGGAGUGCUGUUGCGGAAGGCAAAAAUGCCAUUGGAGCGAAAGGUGUGGUGCGCGUAAUAAAUCUAGAGAUUUGA